AAAAGAUUGGGAGUCUUCGAAAUUGUGAACUUUGCAGUUUACCUCGUACGAUUCGUUUGACAUAUGGAAGUGAACCUCUGUUCUCAAUAACCUACUUAUCAGCUCAUAAUCCUUCUACUGAGCGAUGUUUUCUUCACUAGGGGGUAAAACGUCCUUGUUUCGCGUCACGCUCGUUGGAAUUGGGGGAGUUGGUUGCUGUCUGUUGUGGAGAGCGAAGAAUGGACAUUCAUCUGUCAAUGUAGUUGCGGCAAAGUCUCCUGAUAAUGGUCCAGGGCCGACACAAACUCGGCGAAAGACAAAAUUUGAUCAGUUUGCUUCCAUUGAAGUGGACGGGCGGUAUUUCAUGACUCCAGCUGAUUUCCUGGAAUCUGUCAUGAACAAAGAUUCACUAGGAUGGAGUAAGAAAAGGCCAUUAACAAAGGAUGUUCUUUCUCAGAUGGUCUACAAUACACCCUCAAUAUCAAAGGGAUCUAGGAAUUUUUUUCGCAAGCUGCAAGAUAAUGGAGUCAUCACCUUCUCCGAAUACUUGUUCCUUCUUACCAUUUUAACAAAAUCUCAAAGAGGAUUGGAAAUCGCUUUCAAAAUGUUGGAUAAAGAUGGCAAUGGCCGGCUUUGUAAGGAGGAAUAUUUUGUGCUUGAAGAGAUGGUCAAUAAAAAGUCUUCUGCAAAAUCAAUGGCAAUACGAGAAAAUGAAAAGGAGAAUCAUGGCUGCCUUGAGAAGACGACACUAACCAUGCAUCUGUUUGGCUCCAGGGGAACUGGCCAACUUACUUUAAGUCAGUUCUCCAAAUUUAUGCAAGAUGUUCAACUAGAGGUCCUUGAAAUGGAAUUUAUGGAAUAUUCAAGGGGUAUGCCAACCAUACCAGAAGACAGUUUUGCUCGUUUGCUGCUGAGAAAUACUUCGUUGGAGGAAGAGGAAAUCCAGAAGUACUUAGACAGACUUGGAAAGAGACUGACUCAACGAAAGGGAAUUACUCUUGAGCAGUUCCUGAGGUUUGGAAUGUUUCUCAACAACCUGGAAGAUUUCUCAUUGGCCAUGAGAAUUUACUCUAUCGCUGGACAGGCCGUCACGCAAGGUACGGCAACGAACAUCAGUCCUUUGUGUUUUAUAUCUUGUUUUGAGUUUAUUUCGAUUUGUGAAGGUGCGCACCGGGAAAACUCUUUCCCCUUUUACAAGUCCAAACUUACUUACAGGAAAUACUUGGAAAUACUUAUUGUCAUUAUUGUCUUAACCUCUUACUCUCAACAUCUGAUCACUAUAAUUCGCCUGUCUAGAUG